CCGGAAAGGAGAGCGUACUGCCGGAAAGGAGAGUGUGAUGUCGCAAGGGUGCCGUUUACCCGCCGCUGAGUGUUUUGGAUGCAGCUAGCUUGUUGUUAACGUGGUGACAUGGCCUCUGCCCCCGCACAGCAGCCCACUCUGACUGUGGAGCAGACCAGAGUGGUGCUCAGUGAGGUGAUCCAGGCCUUCGCGGUCCCAGAGAACGCGGUCAGGAUGGAGGAGGCCCGGGAGAGCGCCUGCAACGACAUGGGCAAGAUGCUGCAGCUGGUGCUCCCCUUGGCCACUCAGAUUCAACAGGAAGUCAUCAAAGCUUACGGAUUCAACAAUGAAGGAGAAGGUGUCCUCAAAUUUGCCCGAUUGGUGAAGAUGUACGAAACCCAAGACCCGGAAAUAGCGGCCAUGUCGGUGAAACUCAAGUCCCUCCUCCUGCCACCACUGUCAACGCCGCCUAUAGGUGGCGCCAUUCCAGCCUCAUAGGAACCAUCCAAGUGCCCGUAUCAAGUGAUUGUCUGCAAUAUCACCUUAAAUGUCAUUCCAUAUUUGCAUUUUCAAUUAUCAACCUCCCAUCUGUCAUCAUGAACAUGUCAUUUCAUGUCCUGGAAAACUGAUAAAUUGUUUAUGACAUUAGCGUGCAUUUGUGGUUGUAUUUAUCGACAUUUUUCAUGAACCACAUUGUUUUAUACACAAUAUGUUAAUAAAUGUUUUGUUUUCAGGA